GGUUAAGGCUUUACAUAAUUUACCAAACAUUUAUACAAACCUAAUUCUUUAAUUUAAUGUAAUCUGUAACUAUUGUGAAUUAUUAUUUUUAUUGGCGGGGAUUGAACUUGAUUUAAAUGUUGUCCAGCAAAAGAACCAAUAGGUAUUAGGUACUAACUAGAAAAAUGUCAUGUUGGAUUUAUAAUUUUUUUUAUUGCUAAUCAAAAAAAUUAAAAUAUUCUAACAUAACAAAAAUUAUGAAAGCAGAUAGUAGCAGCCGACAGUUAUACGCAGUCAUAUUAUUAUAAUAUUAUAUUUAUACUAUAUUAUAGGCUAUAGCAUAAGUAAGUACAGUAUGUUAUGAGAUGCCUACAAAAAGGUAAAAAAUCGUCUAAUAGUAAGUUUUCAUUUAAUUAAAUGAAAAAUGGAUAUGGAAAUUGGAAUUUGAAUGACAUAAAUUAUAAUAUAAUUGAUGACUGAUAAGAGCCAGUUAAACCAAAGAGCUUAUAAUAAAGGAAAUAGGCGGGCAAUUUCCUUUAUUAUAAACACAAAACAGAAGAAUCUUAUCACAAUGACACAUUCAUCAGUGAUAAAGUCAACCGACAUUUAGAUUUUCUUAGAAAAUUUGGAAAAUAAUAAUGCAUUGCUUUUAAAUUUCGGUAUGUUCGACUUACAUAAAACUAUUUUUGAAAACAUUACAUUAAGAUCGCAAGAUAUUUCUUAUUUUCAAUCAUUUUGUGUGUGACGUUUGGAUUAAUACACCAAAAAAAUAACCAUGCAGAAAUCUAUGUCCAAAUCUGAAGUCCGGUGUGCUAGUUUAAUUAACAAUGUGCUCAAUGAAAAUAUAAAUGUGGACGAAAUCAUAGACAAGAUUAAAUCUGCUGAACAAAAUAAUGUUCGUCCGGGUGUUGGCAAAAUAGAGUUCACUGUUUAUGUAAUUGAUUUUAUUCACAAUAAAACCAUGCCGCUCAUUAAUCCACCCGAAGACAUCACUGAAAUUGGUAAUGUAUUUAAUGUACCAGAAGUCGAAUCACCUACAGUUAAAAGAAUAUUGCCAAAAACGUCUACGCCAAAAAAGAUUGUUCCAAAUCAAGAUAAAAAAACAGUGCAAAUUCAAACUCUGACACCAAAGACAUCUAAAAUAAAAACAAAUGUUGUUUCAGAUACUAAUAAAAAAAAUCGAAAAUGCCUAGACCUACUGGCUAAUUUAUACGCUGCAGUUUUAGAAUCUAAUAUUUUAUGUAAUUUAUAUCACGAGCUGGGGUUCGUGUUCACUCUUCUCAGCUUAAACAAUUCAGAGAAGAAAAAAUCUAUCGAAAGCUUUAACUCUAACACUAUAAUUUAUUUUAAAUCAAGCGAUGACUGUCAAUAUUUUGCUUCAAAAUCGAUUGAAAAUUUAUUGUCAAUCAUUACCCACUUAGAAAAACCAAUUGUUAAUAUUAUCGUAAAACAGAAAGCAGUCAAUAUGUAUGCACCAGAUAUUGCUAAAACUGUUGACUGUAAUAUGAAGGUCACAAACGUGAGUGAUGACGCAAAAUUACUUCAUUCGAGCGUGACCAAAGGUACAGUAAAAUUUGACGAGGAGCAUGAUACGAAAGAUUGUUUUCCGACCGUAAAAAUGUUUUACGCAUUUAAAACCCAACGAGACGCAUUUUACGAGCUCUUGGAAAACUGGAAACAAACCGAAAAUCAAACCCAGUUGAGUCCAAAUAAAGUGGCUUACAUUCAGAAGAUGUUGAGCGAACACAAUAGUGCCGUAAACAUGAGUAAAUUUACCAGGCUCUUUGUCACGCAGUUGAUUAACUCUUCGUUCGAAGAGUCAAAGAACGUUUAUAAAAGCAAAACUCUCAAAGAGUUAUCAGCUUCCAAGUUGGAAUUGCUUCAUCAGCGUAUCACAAAGCGUGAUUACACUAGUGGGAGUAAUGUUAAUCCUUCGAAUGAAUUUACUGGCGUCCAAUUGUUUUUCAAGGAGUUCAUCACGUUGUCGUUAGUGAAUGGAAUAUUUUGUAAACAUUUAAUUGAUACUUUGGUGCACAGAAUCGACGUGAUCAAUGCAAUGGAGUGGGCUUCUGAAUUACAUGAAGGUGGAAUUUUUCAACAGACUUAUUUUACGUAUCUCGAUACAUUGCGAUUGUUGGCCAAAUUUCUCGCUUUUACAUUAUAUUAUCCGUAUAAUGGCUGCAACAUGAUUAAUCCAACUUUAAAAGAAUAUCUUUGGGAUAUUCGUUCCAAGGUGUUACCACCAUUGAACAUACUUACCAAACUACGUGAUGCCGUCAAACAUGGACACGGACAGAUUGUGUUAACUGUAUUUUGGGUUGUCGAAUACUUAUAUCAAGUCGAUCAAAUUACGAUUACAACACCAUUUUACAAAAGCGUUUUGACGUGGCUCUACGCGUUUUGUAUGAAUAGCAAAGUUGUCUCUAGUUCUGCUUUAAUUUUGAGAUUUCAAAUCAACUCAAUGUUCGAUUAUAUUAACAUAGCACCUCACAUGUUAUUUGAUGAUGCGAUCAAAAUUCGCGAAAAAAAUUUUGUCGAGAAUGUAUGCAACGCAUUGAAGAACGACCCGAUUGUAUGUGCAAAACGGCUUUACCACUAUUGUCCUCAGCUAAAUAACUAUCGUACAAUAUUGGAAAAUAAGACCAACGGUAAAAAACAAAAAUUUGUAUCACCCACACUCAGGUCUACCAGUCGAAAAGAAAUACAACAAAAACGACUAGUAGAGUUGGAGCUGGAAUCUCAUUUUUUCGAGAACCAUUCCCCUUCAGUACUGACGACUGUUGAUUUUGUUGCUAAGCGAUUAGCUUCUGCAUGCACCAAAAUGAUUCAAAAUAAAGGCGUGGCCGCCGUUAAAAGUCAUUUUGUCAAUAUUGUCUGUGACAAGCUCAAGAAUCACAUGAACACAAUCGUAGAGACAGAAUUUAAAAUCGACGAAAGUGACGUGUCCAAGUGCAGUAUGUUUAUGAGCACAACAAUUCAACAGUAUGUGGACAACUAUUCCAAAAAUAACAUACCAAAUUCAUUAAAAGAAUUAUUGGAUCCAAACACGGUGAAUCCUAAUUCUCUACCAUUUUGUAUCGCCGUGACAGUGAGAAAAUUUAAAACUUUAGUUUCCGAAUGGGUUAAAAACCAUAUAAACAUAAAAAGUAUUUUCAUUGAUUAUAUAAGUACGGAACUGAAACAAAAUUUAAAAAACGGCACUAUAAAUGAAGACGGAAGCAAUUUACAAAAGAUAUUAAUACCUAGUCAAAAUGAAGAGUCUGACAUUAACCUGUUCAUUCCAGAAAAUGACCUCAUUGUGAAUUUAAAUAUAUUUAGUUUAAAAAUAAUCGAAAUCGACGAUUAUAAAUUAACAAAAGAAGAUUUGUUUAACUAUGCAGAAGAAUUCAAAGAAAUCUUGGAGAACAAAAACAAUAUGGAAUUAACGGUAUUUCGUUUUAUUUUAACGAGACUAUUGGACAACCUAAUGUUAGCAACAUAUCACUCGCCCAAGUUAAUCACAACAGACAUAAUCAAAGUAUAUCAUCCAUAUUUUAACGAAAGACAAUUUGACGUUUCCACAAUUCUUUGUGAGCGUAACAUCAAUUUACUAUCGGAAAAAUCUAAUUCACUGAAAUCUGUAACUGGUGAUAAAAUAGCUGAAUGGAUUAAAUAUUUUAUUGAAAAUGAAUUUUUAACUAUCGAUGACUUGACCAAUCAAGUAAUGUCAAUAUUACAAACAUCCUGGCCUGAAGACACGCUGAAGUGUUUGUCAAUUUGUUUCAAAGAUUUGAAUCACGUUUGCAUGAAGAAAUUCGACGACAGUAAAGUACAAGAACUGUUUCUGUGGUUAACUCAUUUUAUGGAUGUAAUUGAAGAUUAUGACGAAGGAUAUUAAUGCAUAAACUUUAGAUUAGUUUACUUAUUUUUUUAAGUACAAAACACGAAUUUAUGUUAAUUUUGAUGAUUUUUUUUUUUACCAAGAAGACUGAUUUGGAUCCAAUUAGAUGUAGUGAUUUUGAGUGAUAACUUUGAAAGCAUAAUUAUUUUUAGCGAUGAAUUUACUUUUGUAUACUUUUAUUGUAACCAUUUACAUAUUUUUU